AUGUCGGACAUACUCCCGGCUCCAAGACUCGCGAGUUCUCGCAUCGCUCCACUUCGUCCGUCCUUCUCCUCUCCUGUCAUUCCACUCCGUCCGUCCUUCUCCGCUUCUGUCGCUCCGGAUCAAACCGUGCGAGAUGCGAUCAUCUCUAAAUCAUCGAUAGAUCUGGUCACUCAACCCGAAAAAAAGCAGCUACUGGACCACAUCAGGCAAUUACGUCUCCAACUGCAAUGGAAGCCAGCAGCCAGACUCCAAUUACUCAUGUUUCGCAACACAAUCGGUUGUGUCAUUGCCGCAGUAUUGGCGAAUGGAUGUUUCUACUCGGGGAAUAUUUUCUCGUCCAAGUCUUCCGCACAGCAAUCUCGACAGGAAUUUCUCAUGGCCACGUUGGUUUGGACUGCAAUAGUACACGCUAUCAAGAUGACGGCAGCUUAUUUACCUUCGAUGAUGACCCAGCGCUUUCGUGAGCUUCCAGACUACAAACCCAGUCUGUAUUUUUGCUUGAAAAAGCUCAUCAAGGGUACAUUCCCGUACUUUCUCGUAUCAUUAAGUGGCAUGAUUGGCACUGGUCUGCUCGUCCAGAAUACAUCACUGAUGAAUUACCUUCUGCAGUACAAACUUCACUUUUACAUCGGGGUCUUGUUCAAUAUGAUAUUCACAGCUGGUAUCGCGAUCGUAGCGAGACAAAUUUACUAUGAAGAGGCCAAUCACGAUCAAAGUCGACGAGAGUAUAUCGCCAUUGGGUGCUCUCAAUCGAUCAUUUUCUGGUGGUCUGGACACCCUUUUUACCCGUCAUUGCAGCUUGAUACUGGGGCUGUGAUGAGUCCGGGAGAUAAAGCAAUGUGGCGGUUUAAUCAAGUAGGUAUGCUCGGUUUCCAGUUUGUGGUAGAAAUCUUCGUUGACUACGUGUGUGUCGUGGUGGAGAUGGCAACGGGGAUUGACUUCGCGCGGAUCGAAAGCCGCAGCGCCUUUUUAGGAGUCGUGUUCAUGAUGAUGGCCGUGCUUAACAUCAACAUUUCGAGCCUAGUAUAUCUGAGCUUUCAAUAA